AUGUGCAUGCUGGCGCUACUGCUAGUGUCAGCGGUGGUGUUGGCUGCAGGAGGACGAUUCCCAGAUCCUCCAGUGUUCGUCUCUCCACAACACUAUCCGAGUAUUUGUUAUUUACCACCUGAUUCCGGACUCUGUUCUGAAAGUAUCGUUUCAACGGAAGACACAACAGAUCUUCUAACUCGCUACUAUUUUGACGUCACUACGGAACAGUGCUAUCCGUUCGGUGUCCAGAACUGCGGUGGAAACGAGAAUCGUUUCAAAUCGAAAACGGAUUGUCAGAAUUUCUGUCGUCUAGAUGACAAGUAG